CUUUAUUCGUUUCUGGUAACUGACAUUUAUUCUUUUAUAAUGUCAUUAUCACUUCAACAACAGUUGAGUAAGAUCGGUACUGCUGAUCUGAAAAAUGUUACUGAAACAUCUAGAAAGUAUAAAGCAUCUUUUCUCUUCACUGAAAAAGAAGCUGCUGAUCAAGAUUUGGAAACGAUCUAUUCACUUGCUCACAAUGGUUUCUUGGAACUUGUCAAUUUAAAUUCUUCUUUUACUCCUUAUGAAACUACUCUUUUCUCGGACAAAAGCAAAUCUGUCAACCGUAUUUUAUUGACUCAAAAAGAAAAUGAUCAAUUGAAUACCAGUAUCUCGUCCUUCUUACAACAGUUGUCCCCUUACUUUUUAUUAAACCCUGCUGGAAAGGUAUUGGAAUGGCUGAUUCGUCGUUUUGAUAUUCAAAAGAACAAUAUUGAAGCCGUUUUGGUUUGUAUUCUUCCUUAUCAUGAAACAAAGUCUUUUGUAAAAAUGGUAUCUCUUUUGGAAAUCCCUGACAAUUCUCCUUGGCUUUUUUUGAAGGUUAUUCGUACUAGUCGUGUCCCUCUUGAACGAGAUCUUCUUGUAGGAAAACUUAGUAAAAGUCGAUUUAUGGUGGAUUUCGUUUGCAAAAUGGCGACUUCUUCCACUGUACAUUUUUCAGCACUCUACACUUUUUAUGCAGCAACUAUCAUCGAUUAUAUUAAAUCUUCUCGUAGGGUAUCUGAAGAUAUGGCGACAUCAUUGACGAAAUAUCUUGUUGAUGGUCUUCGAGCAAAACGUGUUCCUGAAUUACAAUUGGCAACUUAUAUGAUUCUAUCUCAACUCUCUUCCAAAACUACGUUCAACGAGGAAGCAGCAGCCGCUCUUACUACAACUAUGAUCAAACGAUGCAAUCACGACUUGUUCCGACACUGUUUACUCACCAUUAUCCAUCUCGCUCAAACUCAACCUAACUUUACAUUAGAUAAUGAUACUUGUCUUGCUUUGAUGAAUCAUUCUUCAUUCAGUACAUGUUUCUCUGACAUCUCUGGUAUGUUUGCGACGGACAAGUUUAUGACAUUUAUGAUUCCUCACUUUAUCACCAAUCAAAAAACCGAAUUAUUGGAACACACAUUAACUCAAGGUUAUCUUUCUCGUGAAAAUGUGCGUUUGGUUUGUGAAAAGGUAAUGGAAGGCUAUAUCAAACUACGAUCUGACAAGAAGAAGUCUGAUGCAUAUAUUCAACAAAUCAAACCUUUACUCUCUAUUAUCUCUCAACGUUAUGUGGAAGAAUUGGAUUAUGUAUUGGAAACCAAGUUGGAACAAGCAAAAGAAGAUAAAUAUCUUGCCGAAUCUUUAUAUCAACUCUCUGCUAGUGCUUUCCAAGGUACUCGACAUCAGCUCGUUGAAGAAGCCAACAGUACUUUAUAUCUCUGUCUCAAUAAUCCGUCUGCUGCUAUUCGUUUAUUGGGUAUCAAGAAAUUGGUGGAUGUGUUGAAAACUGGGGAUCAAUCUUUAUUACAGUCUUCUGAUGUGAUCACAUCUGCUUUUACUAAUUGCCUCGAAGAAUACGGUGAUCUUCUUGGCUAUGCUCUCAAUGAAGUACCUGAUAUACUAUUACAAUAUGUUCCUGCAGAUACUAUUCUUUCCCGCUUACAUACGGUUUUACAAGGUCAUGGUGCUUAUGCUCACAAACAAGCUGUGUCUGUUCUCAAUUUUCUUCUAGUUGCUUACAUUCACAAACAUCCUUCUGAAAAAUCUAAUGUCGCUCGUAUUUUCGCAUCCUUUAUAUUUGCUGCUUCUGGUGACAAUCUUUCUCAGCUUUCAACAAUGGUGAAGAAGGUUAAAUUUGGAAAGGACAUCUUGGGUGGUAUGGUGGACUGUUUUUUGAAGGUUGUGAACAAGGCUGAUACUUCUUUUGAAUUUGUGAAACAACAAGCAAGUAAAGUUGACGAUUUGAACUUUUGGUUGGUGAUGAUGAAAAGUACUUCACGUAUGGAACGAAUGUUGGCACUUUGGAUUGUUGGGUAUUCUGUAUCUAUCACCAAGGGACAACAACAAAUUGUGAUGGCUUCAAAACUAUUCAACACAAUCAUUACAUCUUAUGAUGAUAUACAAGCACUGUACAGUACCAAACUCGACAAGAAACUGGUUGAUGCCGAGCACCCUUGGAAUUUAUCAUUAUUCAAGCAAAUGCAAGAUGUGGACAACCUUACUGACAAAUUAGAAACAAAUCUGGUCCAACUUCUUUUCCUCAACAUGACAGAUACACUUGAUAACAGUGUCAUUGACUCCAAAAAUUGGUUUAACAAAUCACAAGAUGAAGGUCGUGAUGUUUUGACUGGAUUAUUCAAGGUUUUCGUUGGUGGACAUAAUCUUGGUUGUUUUGAAAGCAUGUUGACAAAAUUGAUCUCCAUUCAUCUCAAGGACAAUUUACUCUCUUUUUUGGUUAGUCAAUGGACAAACAAAAACAACAGCAGUAUCGUCAGAGCUCGAUCACUCCAAAUUGCUGCCUCGUAUAUGCAAUCUUAUGCUACCAAUCACACUGUGUCUGAUUUCCAACAUUUAGUCCCUCUUCUCUUACCAUCUCUCAAGGAUGAAGAACAAUUGGUACGUGCGGCCUCCCUUUCUUGUUUGAAGAAUGUUGAUCUAGCUUAUCAAUCGAUUGGACUCCCUACAUCACCUGCCUUCUACAAUGGUUCAUCCUCAAAAAAGAAAGCUACAUCUCAAACCAAGAAGGCUGUUGCUCUCAAGUCAGAUACCGUCUAUGGUCCCUCCAUCUCUAUUCUUGUUGCUCGAGCUGAUGAUAUCGCUCAUUUUGUUGACCAUAUUAUUCAUUUCCGUCGUGAAAUUGCUCAAGAUGAUUCGUAUAUCAACAGAAUUGUGCUUGAAUACAUGCAAACAUCUCUUGAUUCCAAGAACAAGACUGCCAGAGAAUCAGUGAAUCGCAUUUUAGAUCUUUUGUUACAUCAUGUGAUCAAGGCUCCCGUCAUUCAAAUUCAAAUUGAUAUUAUGGCAUUUUUGGAUGGCGUGAACACUGGACGCAAGUUGGAAAAGGUGAUACAUUUACUGGAAAAAGCUCUGGAUAGUGAGCGUACACAAGCUAAUACUGCGCUGAUUACUCUCUUGAUUCGAUGCUUUAUACCUACUGGCAAACAUUUGAAUGGCAAGGAUUUGGAAGUCUUUAUGCGACUAUUAUCCAAUCAAGAUAACUUGCUGGGUGAAGAUGAUGAAGGAUGGCAAAUUUCUACUCGACGAAGCACACUUCGACAAAUCACUGAAGAAUUCUAUGCUGGUGCAGGUACAACUGCUCAACAACAAAUCCUUACUCUACUUAUCGACAUUGCAACGAAUGAACAACAACAUGAUGUUCGCUUGGCCAAGAAUGUACUUAUGACCAUUUCUAUUCCUGGUUCUAUGCUGGAAAAAUACUUGAUGUCUGCUGCUAAAUCACUUCUUGCACCAGAACCAGAAGCCAAUUCGUCCAAACGCUCUCGAUCAGAAAAAUCACCUUCUGCUGAAAAACCUGUUGAUCUAUAUGAAUUGGUGACUGUACUUGAACUUGUGGAAUCAAAAUCAACCAUGGAUGAUAUUCUUCUCAUCAAGCCCUUGUUUGAAGUAUUGACUGCGUUGGUGAAUGCUGACUUGCGUAACUCUCCUGUGUCUCUUGAAUACAUCAAUCAAUUAAUCAUGUCUGCCUUGACUCGCAUUAUCCAGACCGCUGAAGAUGAACAAACAACUGUGGAUGAAUCAACGCUUCGUGUCGAUGUGGUGGUACAAUGUAUUCGUAUCACUGGUAAUCCUCAAACCCACAACCAAGCUUUAUUAUUGAUGGCGACCAUUGCAUCUAUGUAUCCUGAAAGUGUAUUGCAUAAUAUCAUGCCAGUCUUCACAUUUAUGGGCGCAAACGUUCUUCGACAAGAUGACAAUUAUAGUUUCCAAGUCAUCCAACAAACUUUAGAAAAGGUUAUUCCUCCUCUUGUGGCCUCUCGACGUCUAGCAAGUGACAACAAUGCUAUGGCUUUAGCUAUUCAAGUGAAACCAAUUAUCAAGGUCUUUGUUGAUGCCCUGUUCCAUAUUCCCAAGCAUAGACGUUUACGAUUGUUCACGGUAUUGAUUCAAACUCUUGGUCAAGAUGAAUUCUUAGCUACCAUCAUUUCAUUAUUAUUGGAAAAAUUCACGGAAAAGCUUGCCAAGGGAUCUCGUACUGAGGCUGAUUCAUUGUUGGAAUUCAGUCUUAUGGUUAGUGAACAAUUCAGCCCUCAAACACAAAUGAAGUCCAUCCUGGCAUUACUUAAUGGUCUCUUACAACUACCCAACGAAAAACUUGAUGACGAUACUAUGAUGGAAAUUGACUCUUUAUUCAACAUCAACGAACAUACAGCAAAGCAGCUUCGUCAAUACAAGCUCGUUACCGUCAAAUUGAUCGAUCAAAUUUUAGCGUCCCAAGUAUUUUUGAACAAGGUGAUGAUGGUAUCACAAUCACUGGAUACUGUGGAAGAUCAAAUGCAACCUUUCUUUUUGGAAGCUGUUGAAGUUGUUCUCAAAGUGGUGACUUACUUUACGGAUUUCCGAGACCAAUACUCUGUAUCUGAAAAUGCUCAUCCUACCGUCACCAAGUUCUGGCGUGCUAUACUCAAGGUGGUCUAUGAUGUAUUAAACAAGUUGAAUGCCCUAUUACCUUUACAUGCAUUUAUCAAUGUGGUAUCUCAUUUGGUCAAACAUCCUCAAGUCCCUAUUCGACGCAAGGCAAUGACAAUCUUCAAUGAAAAAAUGGUUAGUUAUCGUCAUGCUCCUGAAGAUGAAGAAUUGGCAUUGGCUGAUAUGGUUAAGACUUUCACUACUACCAUUCAAAAUGAAGCCAACACUGCCAAUGAAGAAGAUGCUGCUAUCAACAAGCAAGCUGCUUUACUUUGUAUUGGGUCACUUGCCAACCUUUUGGGUCAUAUUCAUCCUGCCAAUUUUGUCGAUGCUAUUCCUAUCAUUGGAGGACCUGAUUGUUUACAAAAUACCAAUACUCAACUUCAAGUAUCUAGUCUUGUGUGCCUUUCCAUGAUUUGUCAACAAGUUGGACCACGUGCUGUCCCUCAUCUUCCCAAGUUUAUGCCAGUUCUUCUAAAUAUGCUUAUGUCUACGGUGAAUGACCCUACUCCCAACACUACACUUCAAUUAGGUGUGAUUUCUACUGUGGAAACUAUUGUUACUGUCUUGCCUCACUUUUUGAGUCCUUACUUGUCCAAGUUACUUGCUGGAUUAUUACAUACUUCGAUUUAUGAUUAUGAUUCUGAAGAUACACAACGAUCUCUCUCUCAUAGUAAGGCCAAAAAUGUUCUCACUGAAAUGGCAACCAAUGUUCCUCCUCGUGUUUUGCUUGCACCUGUAUUUGGAUUUUAUGAAAAAGCUGUGGAAAAUGGAACCAAGUCGACUCUUGCUCUGUAUUCACUUGUAGCUCAAGCCAUUCAAUCUAUGCCUCGCGAUGUGAUCACCACCCACUACAAACAAAUUUUCAAAUUCUUCUUAUUGGCGUUUGAUAUGCGACGUCUUCAUCCAGACAUGGACUCGACUGACAUCGAUGAACUGGAAUCAUCUAUCAUCGACUCGUUCCUAGGUUUAGUGAUGAAGUUGAACGAAACCUUAUUCAAACCUCUGUUCCUCAAGAUUGUGGACUGGGCAACUGUGGAACAACCCGACGAGAAUCGAUCACUUUUCUUCUACAAAUUAUUGGACUCGUUACUCGAAAAACUCAAAUCUAUUUUUACUCCUUAUAUCGGAUAUGUUGUGGAAGACAUGAUGACAAGAUUGACUGCCUACGGAAAUGGUACGUUAUUACCCGACACUCUUUGGAACUAUCUUUUCACCACACUUCGAAAAUCCUUCUUGUAUGAUAACGACAAUCUUUGGAACGCCGAUCGGUUCGACAAGAUGGUGGACCCUGUCCUUGAACAAUUAUUGGUGACUGAAAGUGGAGAUUGUGAAAAUUACCUAAGUCGUAUGAUCACCUAUGUUGUGCCUUGUAUUGCUCAAAUGGCUGUGACAGUAUCGAACGACACUUUAUGGAAACCCUUGAAUCACAAGGUAUUGAUGAAGACAAGAGAAGAUGAUCCUGAGAUCCGAUUGGCGGCUCUACGUGUGAUUGAAGAAUUCUACAAUAGGCUUGGUGAUGAAUGGCUUCUUUUCUUGGCUGAAAGUAUUUCAUUCCUUGCUGAACUUAUGGAAGAUGAUGAUAUUCGUGUGGAAAAAUUGGUUCAACAAGUCAAUGCACAAAUUGAAACUCAUUUGGGUGAAAGUUUAGAUAAAUUUUUUAACUAGAUAUUACAAAUAAAUAGCAUUGUAUUAUUUUUUUUUAUAUAUUUAAAAAAGAAAACAAGAAUAAAUAUUGUAUUCUCCGCUCAGGGCCAUGUUAUCUAUCGGAGAGAACAACUAGUUUUUUCCAUUUUUGAAAAGAAGAAAGCCGAAAAUGGAUGAGGGUAUGACGAUAUGAACGGGCAAAUCAGGUAAAAAUUCUACAGGAAAGGAAGAAAAAGAUAAAACAAGUUGGGUAAUUUGGAACCAUAAAGUGGCUGAGCUGAAAAAAGUAAGUAUAAU